UUUGCGCGUGUGUUCUUGCGGGGAUGAUCUUGGCGUUCGCUUUGCUGUUAGGUCUUCGCGGAUGAUCGCGGCGAGGUAGAAUUUUGGCGAGGAGCUAGGCGCCGCGCUCCAAUUCCAACGGGAAGAUCGUCGCCCGAGCUGGAGGAUUUGAUGUUGGAGCGGCUGAUUGCUGCUGGUACCUGGUAGGGCAUGGGUUGUGUGAUCUCGUCGAGGAAAGGGCAUGACAAGAAAUUGAAGAAACCUAAGCCGUGGAAGCAUCCGGAGGCCAUCACCAGAGGCCAGCUCAAGAAAAUGCGCGAAGAAUUCUGGGACACUGCACCACAUUAUGGUGGCCAGCGAGAGAUCUGGGACGCUCUCAAGGCUGCUGCCGAGGCAGAUCUGAGCUUGGCACAGACGAUUGUGGACAGCGCUGGGAUCAUCGUCACCACGGACGAUCUAUCAACGUGCUACGACGAACGAGGUGCCAAGUAUGAUCUUCCAAAGAUUGUUCUCAGCGAGCCUCUCAACAUGGUCAAGGACGAUUAAAUCGAUCAAGGAUUGAUUGAGCGGAAGAAAGAACAAAGCAAAACCACCGUGUAGAGUGAGUGAGUGAGAGUGAGUGCGUGAGUGUCCAGUCGAGCGGAGUGGAAAGAAAGCUCCAUACCAGCAACGAUGGAGCCCAGAUGGAGCACCAAUUUAUUCUAAAGACGAAAGCAAAUUCGCCUA